AUUAAAUUUCUUAAUGAAUUAAUUAUUUGUUUAAUUUUUUGCAGUAAUCCGUAUAAUCCAUUGUGUUUAGCACCUUAUGGGGGUCCAGUGGAUCCAUCUAUUGCUUUAGGAGGUUUUUCCAAUUCCAGUGAACCGAUAACUAAAAUGUCUCCUUAUGAAAAAGCGACAUCAUUGUUAUUAACUUUUGUACUCAACAACCACAACAGCAAAUCGUUGUUGAAAGACGCACUGGAAUGGGAAAACAAGUUUUUGGAUUUCAUGAAGAACUGGACUAUGGUUUCAAAACCAUCUUUCAUGGAUGUAGCUUAUUAUUCAGAACGUUCUGUGGAAGAUGAAUUGGAUAGAGAAUCACAUUCUGACAUGUCUACAAUAGCUAUAAGUUAUUUAGUCAUGUUUUUAUAUAUAGUCUGCACACUUGGAUGGAAUAAAAUCAUACUAAGUUUUUUCGGAAUAGUAAUUGUUAUAUCAUCUGUUGUUUGUUCAGUCGGUUUUUAUGGUAUAAUCGGUAUACCACUAUCCUUGAUCGUGCUGGAGGUCAUACCAUUUAUCGUUCUUGCUGUCGGAGUUGACAAUAUAUUCUUAAUCAUUCGAAUGUAUCAACAAAUUGACAUGAAAGAAGACGAAUUAAUUCCCGAUUACAUCGGUCGUGUUUUAAGCAAAAUCGGACCGUCAAUUUUCAUCACUACUCUUGCAGAAAUCACAUGUUUCUUUAUUGGCAGUUUGUCAGAUAUGCCUGUUGUUAGAUCUUUUGCAUUAUAUGCUGCCAUGGCUUUGGUAUUCAAUUUUUUGUUACAGAUGUCUUGUUUCAUAGGUUUAUUAGCAUUGGAUGCUAAACGAAAAACAGUUAAGCAAGAAAUUAAAAAACAAAGUUUAGUAUACAACAUGUUUCAAAAUGUGUACGUUCCAACUUUAAUGAACAAAUUUGUCAGACCAUUGAUUGUAUUAUUAUUUAGUGCUUGGCUUUGUAUGAGUAUUGUGGUUAUUCCAAAAAUUGAUGUGGGUCUGGAUGUCGAAUUAACUAUGACCCAUGAUUCUUAUGUGCUUAAAUAUUUUAAAUUUAUGAAACGUUACUUUUCAACUGGACCCCCUGUUUAUUUUGUGGUCACUGACGGGUUGAAUUUGACUGAUGUUAAUAGUCAAAAUCUUCUGUGCGGUGGUAUUCACUGUGAUCAAUAUUCAAUCACUAAUCAAAUUUACAGAGCUUCAAAAACGGCAAAUUUAACAUAUAUAAACAGACCUUCCACAUCGUGGAUUGAUGAUUAUUUUGAUUGGACUGCUCUUUCAAGUUGCUGUAAAGUUACUCAGAACAAUAGUUUUUGUCCACACAGCAAUGAUGAUUGUACAAGCUGUAAUAUCAUUAAAAAUGAAUGGGGUCGACCAAAUGUUCAAGAUUUUGCAAAAUUUUUACCAUAUUUCCUGAAAGAUAAUCCAGAUGAAAAAUGUUCGAAAGCUGGACAUGCUGCUUAUAGCGAUGCUAUUUCUUUAAAAAACAAUUCAACUGGACCAAAUUAUUUUAUGACCUUUCACACUGUCUUGAAAACAUCUAAAGAUUAUUAUGAAUCAAUGCGCUCUGCUAGAUUAAUAGCAAAUAAUAUGACUAAAACAAUUAAAGAAAAAAUUCCAAAUACGACCGCUGUGGUGUUCCCGUAUAGUGUUUUUUAUGUGUUUUAUGAACAAUACUUAACCAUAUGGCAGGUAUGCGUUCAACAUUUAGUGUUAUCGUUUGUAAUGGUAACAUUUGUAGUGUGGACGUUUACUAAUUUUGAAAAAUCUUCAGCUUUUACUCUUUUAAUAGUUAACACAAUGAUAACAGUAGACUUGUUAGCGUUUAUGUAUUAUUGUGAUAUUUCUCUUAAUGCAGUAUCGUUAGUAAACAUUGUAAUGGCAAUAGGAAUAAUGGUUGAAUUUUGUGGCCAUAUAAUUUUUCACAACUCAAAAUCAAUGAUCUCUUGCCCAAUUCAACGUGCUACUUAUUCUAGUGUAGAAGUUGGAAGUUCGGUGUUCUCUGGCAUAACUAUGACAAAAUUUGCUGGCCUCGCUGUACUUGGUUUUGCAAACACACCAGUGUUUAAAAUAUUUUACUUCAGAAUGUACAUGGGUAUUGUUAUUAUUGCUGCCUUGCAUAGUUUAGUAUUCCUGCCAGUUUUACUAAGUUACAAAGGUCCAAAUUAUGUUCAGGUAGAAAAGAUUGAUAGCACUAAGAAAAAAAAUAGAAGUUGUAAGCUGCAAUUGUUAGAAGUGAAUGAACAUUGACGAAAAAAAAAUAUCAAUAAGUAUAAUCACUUUUAUUUUUWUGUAACUGAAAACACCCAAGUUAAUUUUAUUUAGUURCCUAUUAGUCAAUGAAGUUAAUGAAAACUAAUGUUAAGUAUUUAUUAUACAAAUGGUUUUACAGAUAACCUAACUAAGUUUAGAUGAUUUUGUCAGGAAAACUUUAUAAUUAAUAAAA